AUGAAGCGAUCAGGCUCAGGACGCGUAGCGCGCAAGAUUGGCGCAUACGACGACAGUUCUGCAGACAGCGCCAACAGCUCACAGAACGAAGCGCAGAGCCAGCCAGACAUUGUAGUCAGAAAACCUACUUUCGGGAAGAGCAAGAAGCGCUCGUCCUUGCGCAUCUCCUUCGGGCCCGGCGAUUCAGACGCAAAUGAUGGCGACGAAUCGAGCGAUGCCGGUGUUUUCACGCCAAAGAAGUCUAAUCUCAGCCGCAUAGCGCAAGAAAGGAGUGCACAGCUCAGAGCAAGAUCUCCGCUCGUUCAGGAAGCGCCGCGACCUGUCACAGACGAAGCCCGACCGAGCUAUAAUUCAGACCAUCUCGCUGAGUUGCGGAAGUCCACACCCUCUAAGCCGAAAGAUCUCAAGCCGUCAGCUGAAGAAGAGGAAGAGCAGCGAGCGCUUGACAUAGCUGCCAAGUUUGGCUCUUCUGCUCCGAUAUCGCUGGAUCCUGUGACAUCUGCGAUCCCUACGCAGGCGGAGAUCCUAGAGAAGAAAGCAAGGCGGAGACGGUUGGCUCAAGAGCAAAAUGCCUACGAUGAGGAUGAGGACAGGCCAUGGGCCUCGGAUGAUGACGACGAGUUUCGCACUCACAAGAACGAGAUCUCUCUACGACCGAAGGAGAAGUGGGGUGAAACUCGCCUCGUUCGUGACGAUGAAGACAUUGCAGAAGGCUUUGACGACUUUGUUGAAGACGGAAAGAUAGCCAUGGGACGAAAAGCAGAGCGCGAAACACAGCGGAGACGGCGUGCCGAGAUGGCUGAUCUGAUCAACGAUGCUGAAGGUGGAUCAGGUGACGAUGGCUCGGACGACUCUGAAGAAGAGCGCAACGCAGCGUUUGCUGCAGCACAAGCUCGUUCCGGGAGGUACGGACAGAAGGACCUAGACGAGGAGGACGGUGCAAGGACUCCACCGCGGAUUACACCGUUGCCAGACCUCGGAGACAUUCUGUCAAGCCUACAAUCGGACAUAGACACAAAGCAGCAGCGCCAGGAGCUGAUUCGCAGGAAGUUGGAAGAAUUGAAGGAGGAUAAGGUCCGCGUCGCGGAACGAAAGCAUUAUCUCCAACAACAGUUGCAAGAGACUGCGGAGAAGUUUGAGAAGUUGCGACAGGAGGAAGGCUUACCGGCACUGCCUUCGAACCCCGCAGCCGGGAAUAGGAUGAUUGCAGAGAGGGGCCUCGACAGUCUUGGGACAACACCAGUU